UCCGUUAGGGUUCGACGCACUUUGGGGCUCGAUAAAGAGGGAAGUGAGCCAUCAUCGGAGCCCUAGUCGAAUAAGUGUGCUUCCGAUCCCAUCUCACUAGCUCUGGUUCGCACGAUCGAGAACCCUACGCCGCGAUCGUCCUCUCUGUCGCUGUGGGUGAGGAAGAGUUCUUGAGAUUGUUCUGCUUUCUAGCUUGAGCUAGAGAGUUAAGUGCGACAAUGGCGGAGCCCUCCAAGGUCAUUCACAUCCGCAACGUUGGGCAUGAGAUAUCUGAGAAUGACCUUCUUCAGUUAGUGCAGCCGUUUGGUGUUGUUACUAAGCUUGUGAUGUUACGAGCCAAAAACCAGGCUCUUCUUCAGAUGCAUGAUUUGAAUUCUGCUGUUAAUGUUCUACAGUACUAUACAAGUGUCCAACCAAGUGUCAGGGGAAGAAAUGUUUAUAUACAAUUUUCUUCACAUCAGGAACUGACAACUACCGAUUCUCCAGGGUGGAAAAGUGAUCAGGAUUCACAACCAAAUCGGAUCCUCUUAGUUACAAUUCAUCACAUGCUCUAUCCUAUCACAGUGGAAGUGCUGCAUCAAGUGUUUUCUCCUUAUGGAUAUGUAGAGAAAAUCGUCACAUUCCAGAAGUCAGCUGGUUUUCAGGCCCUUAUCCAGUAUCAGUCUCGUCAGAGUGCCGUGCAGGCAAAAAGUUCUCUGCAAGGGCGUAAUAUAUAUGAUGGCUGCUGUCAGCUAGAUAUACAGUUUUCAAAUCUCAAUGAAUUGCAAGUAAAUUACAACAAUGAGAGGUCUAGGGAUUUUACAAAUCCAUCUUUGCCUACUGAACAGAGAGGUAGAUCUUCACAACCUGGUUAUGGUGAUGCUGGAAGUCUCUAUGCACUUCAAGCAUCUGGUGCUAGAGUUGCAUUUGCUCAGAUGAGCAACACUGCAGCAAUUGCGGCUGCAUUUGGUGGAGGUUUGCCUCCUGGAGUAACUGGUACUAAUGACAGGUGCACAAUCUUAGUAACUAACUUGAAUCCUGAAAAGGUUGAUGAAGAUAAGCUUUUCAAUUUAUUCUCGUUAUAUGGCAAUAUUGUAAGAAUAAAACUGCUGCGCAAUAAACCAGAUCAUGCACUCGUUCAGAUGGAGGAUGGGUUUCAGGCAGAAUUAGCUGUACACUUCUUAAAGGGGGCAUUGUUGUUUGGGAAUAGGUUGGAGUUGAAUUUCUCCAAGUAUCCAAGCAUAACCCCAGCAGCUGACACCCACGAAUAUGCUGGAUCAAAUCUUAACCGCUUCAACAAUAAUGCAGUGAAGAACUACAAAUACUGUUGUUCCCCGACAAAGAUGAUUCAUGUGUCAGCUCUUGCGCAGGAUAUAACGGAGGAGGAGAUCGUGACCCAUUUACAGGAGCAUGGAACAAUUGUGAACACAAAGCUCUUCGAGGUGAAUGGGAAGAAGCAGGCUCUGGUCCUGUUCGAGAGCGAGGAGCAGGCUACCGAGGCCCUUGCGUGCAAACAUGCAAGCACCAUUGACCGGUCCACCAUUCGGAUUUCCUUCUCCCAGUUACAGAGUAUUUAGAGAGGCCUUAUCUUAUUUUAUACAAGAUUGCGAAGUCUAUCCGUUAUUUUUUUUCUUCUCUUGUACUUGAUAUUUUCUUCUCUUGCGACAUUUGGAUGUUGGUGGAUGAUUGCGUAGCACUUGUUUUUUGAAAAUUUAAGCUUCUGUAAUGUGAAAGAUAAUUUGACACGAAUGUGUGGAUCGACACUGUUGAGUGACAACUUCUCACUUCAUUUUAAA